GGGGGGAAAGUCUCCCGGCUGACCUUUCUUUGGGUGGCACGGUGCCCUGCGCGGCCACGGCGCUGGGCUCCCCCGCACGCCCUCCAGAGCGCCCCGGUGUGAGCCCCGGGAGGAGCCGGGGCGGCCCCGGCGCCGCAGUGCCCAGCCCAGCUCUUUGGACCGAGCUGUUAAUGGGUAACUGAGGCAUUGGACCGGGAGCUGCGGGGCUGGCGGGUGAGUGCGGGGGGACGGCGGACCUCUACAACUCUCCUCAGAGCAAAGACAACCUCUUACUGCCCCUGUCCCCACACAGAAGUGCUUCUGCAGUUGAUCACUGCCUUGCCUGCAAGUCUCUGCUCUUCCCUCAUCCUUCUCCAGCCAGCACUGGGCCCUCCCAGUGCUGUUUCCCUAAUGCACUGAAGCAAAGGAACUUCUGGAGAUGGAAGGAAAUCAGAUAAUCCUGGCCAGCCUUGAGAAGGGGACAGAUAACCCAGCUUUCAGCUUAGAAGGAGAGAAGAAACACUAUGAGGAUUGUGGUGGUCCAUGUAGUGAGAGCCAGGAGGAGAGAAGAGAAGGGAAAGGGAGGUUCUCCUCCUACUGCAGGAAGGCCCUGCAGCCAGCAUCCAAGGCAAAACAUUUCUGCAAGGCUCAUGCCAAGGUGUUGAGAAGAGUUGUCCUGGGGCUCCUUGGCGUAGCCUACCUGUGCUACUUCAUUGCGGCCUGUUACCUCAACUUCCAGCGAGCCCUUGCCUUGGUGGUCAUGACUGCUGUGGUUGUCUUCUUCAUCUGCUGGGACAUCUUCAAGAAGCACUGUGGGGCAAAGGUUCUGCUGCUCCUCCGCCCCAUCGGGAAGUGCUUCCAAAAGUCCUGGCAGUGGCUGAAAUGGCUCCUGUGGGUGGCCCUCCUGGCAGGCCUGAUUGUGUGGCUGGCUUUGGACCCUGGCAGAAACCCAGAGCAGCUCAUCUCAUUAGGUGGCUUCUGCUUUUUGGUGCUGUUCCUGUUUGCCUGCUCCAAGCACCACAGUGCGGUGUCCUGGAGAGCUGUUUUCUGGGGUCUUGGUUUAGAGUUCUUACUUGGACUAUUCAUCCUCCGAACGACUCCCGGCACUCAAGCUUUCCAAUGGCUGGGAGACCAGAUCCAGUACUUCCUGGGCUACACCACAGCUGGCUCCAGCUUUGUCUUUGGGAACACACUGAUUGAAGAAGUCUUUGCCUUCCAGACCCUGCCCAUCAUUGUUUUCUUCAGUUGUGUGAUGUCCAUCCUCUACUACCUCGGUGUCAUGCAGUGGCUUAUUCUCAAGAUCUCCUGGCUGCUUCAAGUCUCAAUGGGCACCACUCCCACCGAGACUCUCAGUGUGGCAGGGAACAUUUUCGUGGGACAGACCGAAGCCCCGCUGCUCAUCCGCCCAUACCUCACAGACAUGACCCUGUCCGAAAUCCAUGCUGUGAUGACUGGUGGCUUUUCCACCAUCGCAGGCAGCGUGAUGGGUGCCUACAUAUCCUUUGGGAUCGAUGCAGCGUCCCUGAUCGCAGCUUCUGUGAUGGCUGCGCCCUGCGCCCUCGCCAUGGCCAAACUCGUCUACCCCGAAGUGGAGGAGUCCAAGUUCAAGGGCAAAGCAAGCAUCCGCCUCUCCAGUGGGGAAGAGCAGAACAUCCUAGAAGCUGCUAGCAAUGGGGCUGCCGCCUCCGUGGGUCUCGUGGCCAACAUUGCGGCCAACCUCAUCGCCUUCUUGGCCGUGCUGGAGUUUAUCAACGCUACCCUCCGCUGGUUAGGGGAGAUGGUAGACAUUGAAGGUCUUACCUUCCAGGUGAUCUGCUCCUACAUCCUCAUGCCUGUGGCCUUUCUCAUGGGGGCAGACUGGGCAGACUCACCGCUGGUGGCUGAGCUCCUGGGGAUCAAGAUCUUCCUGAAUGAGUUUGUGGCAUACCAGCAGCUGGCCACGUACAAGAAGAACCGUCUGAUGGGCCUGGAGGAGUGGGAUGGGAACCGGAAGCAGUGGAUAUCUGAGCGAGCCGAGAGCAUCACCACCUUUGCCCUCUGUGGAUUCGCCAACUUCAGCUCGAUUGGCAUCACUCUGGGAGGCCUGGCCUCCAUGGUGCCCCAGCGCAAGAGUGACCUUGCCUCCGUGGUGCUGCGGGCCCUGCUCACUGGCAUCUGCGUCUCCAUGCUCAAUGCCUGCCUGGCAGGUCUCCUCCACGUGCCAACAGAGGUGGGUGACUGCGCAAUGUUCUUCAGCACCACCAACUUCAGCUCAACCAGCUACACCAUGUACACCUGCUGUAAGCAGCUCUCUGCCAGCUCGGUGCUCCGGAACGGGACACUCUCCUUCACUGGAUCCUGGGCUGAGCAGGCAGAGAGCAUUCUUUGGCUCACAGAGUGCUGCGGGCACUACAACCACACGUCCUGUGCAUGGACAACCUAGAGGUGGGGGAACACCAGGACCUGCAAGGCCUAUCCCCAAAGGUAGAAGAAACCCCAAAGAAACCUGAGCAUUUGGUCUUCUCCACUCCAGUGCUGGCGGACAGCUGUGUGCACCUUGCAGCCUGCACCCUUAGCUGCUGGCCCCGUGGACACAAGGGAACAGCUCCCAAAUAAAUUAUGGCAACCCUUGUGUGCUUGCCCUCAGA